AAAGAUUUCAGAAUAAAGUAAACUCUCACUGAGUGAAGACCAACACAACCGCUCAAACUAAUUUCAAUUGCAUACGAGCGCUUCUGCUUCCAGUUAUUCUUAUAUAAUGAAAGACACAACAUUCCAUACUGCGCCACUGUGGCUGACCACAGAAUAUCUCGAGCCAAUUUUACGCAAAUACAAACAGGAUGAAGGACUCACCAUUACAAAUCUUGAUAUUAAACCGGCAACGGCAAAGGGUGAAAACUAUGCCAGUGUGAUGACGCGCAUUGGUGUCGGCUUUCAGCUAAGCAACAAAGAAACCGAAUAUGGUUCAUAUAUUGUGAAAACUUCGCACGAGAGUGAUCCUUUUACGUCCGGCAUUAUAAGCAAAUACGAUAUUUAUAGAACGGAGAUGUUGAUGUACGAGCGAAUUCUGCCAAAACUCACUGAGUUGCUAAAGGAAAUCGGUGAUACGGACAAACUCUUCGCCAACACCAUUCAUGUGGACUACGAGCACUCAGCCAUAAUCUUCGAAGACUUGGCGGUGCUUGAAUUCGUCAUACCCGAUCGCCUGACUGGCAUGAAUGAGGCACAAACUAUGUUGACGUUGAAGAAAUUGGCCAAAAUGCACGCCACAGCCGCCGUGCUGAACGAGCGUAUGCCCGGCAUUUUGAAUAAAUUGCAGCGUGGAAUCUUCAAUCGUAAAACAAAUGGGUUUGCGCCAUAUUUCGAGGGUAUUUUGGAUGCUUGUGGCGACUUUGCCGAAAAAUCGACAGCUUUGGGCUCGUAUUAUAAGCACAAACUGCUGAAACUGAAGCCGCAUGCUAUGGAAUAUGGAGCGCGCGCUACUGAGCCGCAGACUGGACAUUUUCUAACACUAACACAUGGCGAUUUGUGGACAAAUAACGUGAUGUUAAGGUAUAGCGGUAGAGGUGACGAACCGACGAAGAGUGGCAAGACAAUCAAGGACAUUCUGUUGAUUGACUUUCAAUUCAGCGCGUGGACCUCACCGGCUGUCGAUCUGCAUUACUUUUUCCACACAUCGCUGCCAUUGGAGUUUAAAUUGCAUCGUGAAGAUGAGUUCAUCCAAUAUUAUCAUGGCUUUUUAGCGGAUACGUUGCGUCAACUUAACUACGGUGGGCACAUUCCCACUUUGCACGAGUUGUGUGUGCAAAUGGAGUCACGCCGAUUCUAUGCUGUGCUCUCGUCACUAGGAUGUCAGGCUUUACUCAUUAAUGACAAAACCGAUGAAGCCGAGUUUAGCGCCUUUAUGGGAGAUGGCGAACGCUCGCGGAAUUUUCGCAAUCUGUUGUACACAAACAAGAGGACCCAAGAAAGCACCGUAGCCUUUUUACCUUACUUCGAUCGCAGGGGAUUGCUAGAUGAGAUCCAAUAGUAACAAAUGCGUGUAAAUGAUUUGCAUUUACUUAUACAUAUGCAACUAAAAUAAUGUGAUAUGAAUUUCUUGUAGUAUUUACGCAAUCCACCUAAGCGUGUCUGUACUAUAUGUGUUGUACAAAAUGCUUGUUGGUGUAAAAUAGAGAGCAAACUGUAAUAAAAGUCGAUUUUAGUUAGGAUAAGGUAAAUCCAAUA